AUGCCUGCCUCCCGUCGCGGAAGUGGUAGUGUCACCCUCCCCACAGGCCAGACCCUCGCGUUCCACACUAGGAGCAGCGACGCCGAUGAAUCUCUCCCCCAUGCGACCAAGAAGACUAUGGCGGAUCAUCUCCGCAAGUAUGAAAGUCUAUUCACGCUCACUCCGCAACGGAUGCGUAUGAUCGUUGAGGCCUUCAAAGACACACUUGAAACGGGACUUGCAAAAUAUGGAGAGGUAGUCCCCAUGAUCCCCACGUAUGUCUUUGGUUGGCCAUCAGGAAAAGAGACAGGUAACUUCCUAGCAAUCGAUCUUGGUGGUACGAAUCUGCGCGUUUGCCUGGUCACACUCGAAGGGGAGGGCAAGUUUGAGAUUACGCAAUCUAAGUAUCGUUUGAGCGAGGAGCAGAAGCAAGAGGAUGGGCAGCGUCUCUUUGACUUUUGUGCAGAAUGCCUCAAAGCAUUCGUCGACACAAACAUUGCCAGCGGUGUGAUUACGAAAGAUACCGUGCUGCCUCUGGGAUUCACAUUUUCGUACCCCUGCUCACAAGACCGCAUCGACCACGGCGAACUCAUUCGCUGGACAAAAGGUUUCGGUGCUCCAAACACAGAGGGACACGAUGUCGUCGCCAUGUUUCGCAAGAGUCUCUCAAAGCAUAAUGUGCCCGCUGAGAUCGUCGCGCUCACGUGCGACACGACCGGUACCUUGAUUGCGUCGCAUUAUGUGAACCCCAAGACGCGUAUUGCAUGCAUUUUCGGCACCGGCUGCAACGCCGCAUAUAUGGAGCGUGUUGGUGACAUACCCAAGAUUGCCAACUUGAAUAUUGAUGCAGACGCCGAGAUUGCUAUCAAUUGCGAGUGGGGCGCGUUCGAUUCAUUCGUUCAUGAGAACCUCCCGAGGACUAAGUACGAUGCGAUAAUUGACGAACAGUCGAACAAGCCCGGCGAACAGGCUUUUGAGGUGAUUACCACUCUGGGCGACGAUUUAUCCAAACCUGAUCGGCUUGACGCACGUUUGAUUGUGCCUGAUUUGCAGAAACUUAUCUCGGGUCGAUACUUGGGGGAGAUUCUACGACUGAUCAUUUGCGAGCUAAUCGAUGACGGUGUCCUAUUUCUGGGCCAGAAUACCUACAAGCUCGAGAUUCCGUACUCGUUCGAUACGGCUUUCUUGUCUCUUAUGGAGAGGUGA